CGUCUUCUUCUUCAUCGCACCUUCCCAGAUGCCAUACUGAGCACCGCCGCAGCAGCCACCAUUCCGCUGUCCCAGUCUCGUCCCCUGCCACUCGCCAGCCGCCAAUGUCAGCAGUCCCCCAACCCGCUGGCAGCCCUGACCAGCGCUAUUCCCUCAAAUCUCCAACCACACUCCAGCCAGGCCCUUCAGACCGUCCCCACUCUCUACGCCGCACAGCAUCUCAUGCCUCUCAGGCAUCAGCGCAGGUGCCCUCCCCCCGGCCCACGGCUCGCUCCUCGUCCAAGGGACAAUUUACACCGAGGAUACUGUCGAGAAGAGCAUCGGCUCAAACCGGCACUGCCGGCACCGAAUACCCCUUCAAAGCGUUGUCUAGAACCAGCUCCGCCAGAGACCCACCUUCACAUACACCUGUAUCAGUACACGAAGAAGGCUGGAAGAGUCCAGCCACAGAUAGCACCCCAGCGGAAGUGAUUGAGACUCAGGCUGUGAGAGUCAAGCGUGAUCAUGAGUCUGGAAAGUGGAUGAUAAACCAGUACAGAGUUCUGUCGGAAAUCGGUUCGGGCACUCAUGGGCGUGUUCGACUUGGGCAAGACAUGACGACCGAGAUACCUGCGGCUGAUGACGACGGAGAGCUUCACCCGCCUGCGUCUCCAGAGAGUUCAUUCUACGCUAUCAAAAUUGUUGAUCGGAACCCCAAAAGAAAACGUCUCACUGGUCUCGGUCGACACAAAGGGUCCUCGGGAGGGGCUAAGCUGCUGAACGAGAACGAAAUCCGCAAGGAGAUUGCAAUAUUCAAAAAGGUUAACCAUCCUAAUGUUGUGAGGAUGAAGGAGAUUAUCGAUGACCCGGAGUCAAGCAAAAUCUACAUGAUCCUCGAAUGGUGUCAGAAUGGAGAAAUCAAAUGGAAGGAUGGAGAAGGUCUUCCGGCCUUGACUGUAGGCGAGACUCGUAAGAUCUUUCGAGAUACGCUACUCGGGCUGGAAUAUUUGCAUCAUCAAGGCAUAAUUCAUCGUGACAUCAAACCGAGCAACCUCCUACGGUCUGGAGACAACACCGUCAAAAUAUCGGAUUUUGGUUGCUCUCAUUUCUCUGAAGCUCUGAGAGCAGCGGCAGCGCAACCAGGUCCUGAAGGCGACGCUUACGUUGAUGACAUUGAACUCGCAAAGACAGCUGGAUCACCCGCCUUCUUUGCUCCUGAAAUGUGCUAUUCGGGCCUUGACUCAGAGGGCCCCUCCGGACCUCCCAGCCAUCCAAGUCCAAAUCAAGAGGUACCAUCCUUUAUUAUCCGACCUCCCUCAUCUGUCGAUACUUCUGCGGACACUUCUUCAAGCCUAAUGAGUUUACCGCGCUCAUCCACUACUUUCCCUCUCAAACCCACUGAUAGCAACGAUUCGGCCGGCUCUCGUCGCCCUCUGUCUUUCAGAUCACAAUCCUCUUCGGCUACUAUCCAGCGUCGUGAAAGGCUUCCUAUAACCAACGCUAUCGACGUGUGGGCACUUGGUGUCACUCUUUAUUGUUUGCUGUUUGGCAAAACGCCCUUUAAUGCACCUAACGAAUAUCUUUUGAUGCAAGUCAUCGUGUCGGAAUCAUAUAUCGUCCCCCCUUUCAUGGGCAAAGAUCGUCUCCCCACUGGAACAGGAGGGCUCCCUGCGGCAGAAGAAGCGGUAGAAUGUUUGGAUCUGUUGAAAAGACUUUUGGAGAAAGAUGCGGGAAAAAGGAUCACACUUGAGCAAGCAAAGCAACAUGGUUUCACUCUCCAUGGAUUAGCCGAUUCUGCUACUUGGCUCGCCAAGACAGAUCCGCACACUCACACAUUCGUUACCGUUUCAAAUGACGAAGUUGCGGCGGUUAUUACCAAGUCUGUCCGUUUUCGCGAUCGUUUCCGAAAGGGCAUCAAGACGAUCUCGCAGAAACUGCAGCUACUUGGAACCGGGCGCACGCGUAGCCGCAGUUUUGGAGAUGGAGAAUCAACAGGAACUACUAAUACGGAGUAUUCAUUGACGCCAGCAGGGUCUGGGUCCGGGACCCCAAGAAGCAAUAAACUCAGUGCACUUCUCCCAGUCUCUACUCCGAAUAAAGAUGUGUCACCCAUGAACAGCCCUCUUCCUCAUACAAGCAUAGGACGCCGCUUUUCGCUUCUCAAUGGCAGAUCACCUGAUUACCCCAUUUCUCCCCAGACCACGACUCCGGUGGCUCAGAUGGUCUCUCCAGGGCUGUCCAAGAACCCGUCUGCGCUCGAUUUCAAAAACGAACCGGCUGGGCGAGUAACCAGCAACCCAGGGCCUAUUGGGCUUGGAUCCAUGAUCCAUCGACGACUGUCUUCUCACCUCGUCCCACAAGCCAAACCUAGCAUUGUGCCUUUAUUGGACGAAACAACACAUUCUCCUCGUCCAGCUACGUCGUCAGUGUCUCUAGACAAAUUUAAACUCUCUUCAGAGCAGCAAUCGAUAAGUGGAAGCUUUCGUCGCCGGAAAUCCAUUGAGGCGGAGAUGGAAGGCCGACGCCGGUCUCAUAGUAAUGCGUCCAGUAUCAGCAGCAAACUUGCCAGAUUAUUACGCACCGGAAGCCAACGGUCACAUCCUCGUGUCUUGGAGAAAGAAAGUCUUGCCGGGUCGGAUACGGAAGAUCUAGCUGUUGAGCCGUCUGUGGGGUCUUCAUCGCCGGCGGAUGCGCUGGGGCGGAUGAGUCUCGAUGGCUCUCUUCCUCGUCAGAGCCUGGAACAUAUUGAAACAGGCUCACGUUCAUCAAGUCAAGGAUAUAUACCCAGCCCUGAUCGUCCGUUACCUGCUGGCUGGGAGUCCAGAUUCCGCACCAAUGCACCUCGGCGUGGGUCCAACUUGAGUGAGGAAUUCACUAAUCGAGUGGCAGAAGAAGAGAUUGACUGGGAUGGGUCAAUAUCAGAUGAAGACGAUUAUGAUGAUACGACAUCUCAGUCUGUCGCCGCACCAACGCCUGUAGCGGGCAUGAAUCCUCUCUGGCGAAGGGCACGCAAUGACAAUCUUGGUGUUGAUGCUCAAUCAUCCGCGCCGAUAGUAUCUGCGGCGCCUUCUCUUGAGCCAAUACCGGACGGUUCGCCCUCUGCGCCAACUACACUUCCUGCCCGCUCCCCAUCGAAGCCUACUCUCCCCGAGAUCAACACAGGUUCCUCUGACCCUUUAUAUCAAACCUCUUCACGAACGAGUUCACGACUUUCACCUUCCCCUUUCCGCAACAACUUUGCCGAGAAAGCACGAAGCCCCUUUGCGGGACACCAUGAUGAUACACGAAACAGCCCAAGAAGAAAGGGCUUGAAUUGGCAGACGAGCGCACCGGGUCUGGUAGAUAAUGACGAAGACGAGGGCCUAGCGAUUUCUUUUGGGGGUAAACGGGGCCGGAAAGGGUCAGUUCAGAAGCCUACGAUGAGCGAAGACAAAUGACGCCUAUUCUUGUAUGAAAGCAUAGACAUAGAACAGCCACCCUAGUUUUAAUUGUCCCGUCUGUCCGACAUGCAGCAUGAUUCUGAGCAAGGCUAAUAAUAUGUACAUAAUUACUGUGUAUG